GACACUACACCCCCAACCUAUCUUGCAUUCUCGGCUUUUUCUGCUCCUCUCUCCACCCCCUCCACUUCCUACCAAUACCCAGGUGAGCCACCGCGUGGGUGUGGUUCACACACACAAAGAAAAAAAUCCUGCAGCCAUUCUGUCCUAUUCUUCUCCUCAUUGAGUCAAAGUAGGACACAGACAUUUUCUCCUGAACAAGGUCUAAAAAUCUGAAGCUGGGAGCCAUGGCGGGAAUGCAGUGCAUCAAAUAUCUGGUCUUUGCCUUCAACUUCCUGAUCUGGCUGGCAGGUACUGCUGUGCUGGCUGUCGCACUAUGGAUGCGUUUUGACAACAGGACCAAAGGACUGUUUGAAGGAGAGGGCUCACCCUCAAUCUUCUUCACUGGUGUGUACAUCCUGAUUGCUGCAGGAGCCCUCAUGAUGGUCGUGGGAUUCCUGGGAUGCUGUGGAGCCAUCAAAGAGUCUCCGUGCAUGCUGGGACUGUUCUUCCUCUUCCUGCUCCUCAUCUUCGCUGCGGAAGUUGCUGCAGGGAUCUGGGGACUCUCCAACAGGGAAACGGUGGUGGAGGAUAUCACAGAGUUUUACAAGCAGACUUAUGCCAACUAUCAGGACACCAAACAGGAUGCGCUGAAGGAGACUCUCCGCCUCAUCCACUUUGGCCUGGACUGCUGUGGUCCUACAGGGACAGUGAUUGACAGUGUCAAAGACAUCUGUCCCAAGCAGACUGGGCUGGAGCUCCUUGUCACCACGAGCUGCCCAGCCGCCAUUGACGAGAUGUUUAAUAGCAGGCUACACAUCAUCGGUGGAGUUGGCAUCGGCAUCGGAGUCAUCAUGAUCUUUGGGAUGAUCUUCAGCAUGAUGCUGUGCUGUGCCAUCAACAGGUCCAGGAACUUUGUGUAAACUGGCACCAAAAUAAAACCCUCCAUCUUUAACUCGCAUGUCCUCACUUCUACAACCUGCUGCUUUAGAGUAAAAAAAACCAGUUUACCAGGAACGUCAGCUUGAACCCAUACAUGAUGGCCACAUUGACCGGUGACUGUGUGGAGACGCAUCCUAACGUUUUCACUCCGGGGGCAGGAGGGGGCUGUAGGGAGGGAGGUUCUUUCUGCUCAAUGUAAAAUGACCAGGACUUUUUUUUUUUUGUUUUAAGAAUCAAAUUAAAUCUUUUUCAUCGCGACAGAAGCGAGUAGACUGUCAGCAGGAACAUUUAGGACUCUGCUGCCCUCUAGUGGACGCUCCUGCAUUUUGUCCUUUUUGAUGUGUUUUUUGUUAGUCUGGAUAUUCACCACGGUUCUGGUUACGCAAGAUGCACUAAAAAUUUAUGAGCUAUACUUUAACUGUUAAUUAGCAGCUAAUUGAAUGUUUUAUUUUCCGGCUGCUUGUUAGAGGCUUUGAUUUUUAUGAAGCAGAACUGUGGAGUUUUAUGCAAAUGUUUUGAUGAAUGGAGUUCAAAUGUCUUUAAGAUGCCAAAUAAAUGACUAAUAAACUUAGAUUUUUGUUGAAUUGA